CACAGAGGUAGGAAGGACAGCAGAGCUGACAAUCACAGCAGCCCUGACAAGAGCAUUCCUGGAGCCCAAGCUCUUCUCCACAGAGGACAAGCAGGCAGCAGAGACCAUGGGGUCCCCUUCAGCCUGUCCACACAGAGCAUGCAUCCCCUGGCUCCUGCUCACAGCCUCACUUCUAACCUUCUGGAACCUGCCCACCAGUGCCCAGACUAACAUUGAAGUUGUGCCGUUCAAUGUUGCAGAGGGGAAGGAGGUCAUUCUGCUAGUCAGUAAUGUGUCCCGCAAUCUUUAUGGCUACAACUGGUACAAAGGGGAAAGGGUGCACGCCAACUAUCGAAUUAUAGGAUAUGUAACAAACAAAGGGGAAAAUGCCCCAGGGCCCGCACACAGCGGUCGAGAGACAAUAUACUCCAAUGGAUCCCUGCUGAUCCAGAACGUCAGCCUCAGUGACCCAGGAAUCUAUACCCUAAACGUUAUAAACGAAGAUCUUGUGAAUGAAGAAGUAACCAGGCAAUUCUACGUAUUCUCGGAGCCACCAAAGCCCUCCAUCUCCAGCAACACCUUCAAUCCGGUGGAGAACAAGGAUAUUGUGGCUUUAACCUGUCAACCUGAAACUCAGGACACAACCUACCUGUGGUGGGUAAACAAUCAGAGCCUCCAGGUCAGUCCCAGGCGGCUGCUCUCCAUUGACAACAGGACCCUCGUUCUACUGAGCGUCACAACGAAUGACAAAGGACCCUAUGAAUGUGAAAUACAGAACUCAGUGGGUGCCAGGCGCAGUGACCCAGUCACCCUGAAUGUCCGCCAUGAAUCAGUAACAGGAAGUUCUCCUGACCUCUCAGCUGGGACCGCUGUCAGCAUCAUGAUUGGAGUACUGGCUGGGAUGGCUCUGAUAUAGCAGACCUGGUGUAGUUUCUGCAUUUCAGGAAGAGUGUUUUUAUUAUCUACUUGUAGACCGGACUGCCUGUUCCUUCAAUGUCGUUUUCUCCUGUGGAACCACUAAUUAUAAGACCUGCUCUCAUCCUGAAGACCUAUAAGCUGGAGGUGGACAACUCAAUGUAAAUUUCAAGGGAAAACCCUCAUGCCUGAGAUGUGAGCCACUCAGAGCUCACCAAAAUGUUCAACACCAUAACUAGAGACACUCAAAUUGCCAACCAGGAUGAGAAGUUGAUGACUUCAUGCUGUGGACAGUUUUUCCCAAGAUGUCGGAACAAGACUUCCCAUCGUGAUGAGGCUCUUAUCCCACUCAAUUUUUCCCUGCUUAUGCCUGCCUCUUUAAUUUGGCAAGAUAAUGCUGUAACUACAAUUUCACCAUCAGUGUAGGUAAUUUGACAGAGUGUUGGAUCUGUCAUGUCAUGUCAAACCCAAAUCUUUACAUGACCUAACGGAUCCUUUAUUCCACCCAGUGGCUAACUUUAACAACAUCCCUAAUACAACUGUUUUUUCACAUGUACAGUGGUCUCUUUUAGAGUUAGACCUCUAGACUCACCUGUUCUCACUCACUAUUUUAAUGUAACCCAGUCAUGGGAUGCUAGAUAAUAGAAUUGCUCCCUAUUAGCUGAACAGUGAGGAGUUUGUGCAGUUGCUGACACUUCUUGUUGCACAUGGAUAAAUACAGCGGGUACUAUAGAUACUCAGUUGCAAAAAUUAACAAACAUGCUGCUUGGUUAAAAUGGGUAGGCUCCUCAUGUGGCUCGUUCUUUAAUCUAUUCUAUUUUAUUUGGUUUGGCUCAUGGGGUCUCUACCUAUGGAUCAUACUCCAAACUCUUGGUGUUAUCCUCCUGAUUGUCACAAUAUUAGUUACCCUGGUGUGCUGUAUUCUCUAAAACCUUUACAUGUUUGUAGGCAGUCAUUAGUCAAAUGUCAAAUAUUCUCUCUUUGACUGGAAUGACAAAAACUCAAAUAAAUGUGUGAUUAGGAAGACAUCAUAACCUAUGAAUGAUGGAAGUCCAAAAUGAUGGUAACUGACAGUAGUGUUAAUGCCUUAUGUUUAGUCAAACUCUCAUCUAGGUGAGAGCCUAGUGACUCCAGAAUGGAGCCUGUCAUUCUAAAGGCCACAUACUCACACUGAAACAUUGAGGAAGCAGGUAGAUCUCAGAACAGAUAAAUUUUUCCUAAAAACAGGAGAGUCCAGGCUAUGUCAGCACAGUCAGAAAGUCCUUUCUGCUUUAACGCUUAGAAAAAAGUAAUAUGAAGUAUUUUGAAAUUAACCAAUCAGUUUAUUUAAAUGAGUUUAUUUAUAUUCUUCUGUUCCUGGAUUCCCAUUUUACAAAACCCACUGUUCUACUAUUGUAUUGCCCAGUGGAAGCUAUCACUAUAUUUUGCAGAAUGGAAACUGCCCUGACUCAUGAAUCACAAAUAAAAGCCAAUUGGAUCUGU